AUGGCGGAGGAAACUCAAAUUGUUCGAAAGCUAUCUUACUUUGGCACAAACGAUCCCAGACCUUUCCCAGAUUACUCUCCCAAAAAGCCUUCCAUUAAAGACUCUGAACUGGUUCACCAUAUCUCCAUUACUCUAAAGCAACGUCGUUGUGAGAACCUACUGCGUGCCCUGAAACCAUUUGAAUCCAAAUUUAGACCUGAUCAUCUCAUUUGGGUUAUGAUGAAUAUAAGGAAUGAUUACAAGUUAGUUUUGGAUUUCUUUCAGUGGUAUAGCUUACGUAGAGAUCCAUCGUUGGAGGCGUGUUGUAUUGUCAUUCAGAUUGCUGCUGCUGCAAGAGAUUUAGUGAUGGUUCAUGGACUCAUACGUGAUUUUUGGACAAAACCCAAUUUAGACCUUAAUAUAGCCUUCUCAGCUUUCCUCGAAAAAUUGAUAUACACAUACAAAACUUGGGGUGCUUGUCCUCGUGUUUUUGAUAUCUUCUUUCAAGUGCUCCUGGAAGUUGGGAUUCUUGAAAAUGCUAGGAAAGUUCUUGAUAAAAUGUUGAAUUAUGGUUUAGUGUUAUCUGUUGAUUCAUGUAACUGCUAUCUUUCUCGUCUAUUGGUUAGUGCUCAUGGGCCUCCAAUGACAAUGAAUGCCUACAAGGAAUUGUCUGAAUUGGGUGUCUGCUGGAAUACCGCUACAUAUAACAUAAUAAUCCAUUGUCUUUGUUUGAUAUCUAAAGUGGAAGUAGCUCAUGCCUUACUGAUGAAAAUGGAGUUGAAAGGCUGUGUACCUGAUGUUAUAAGUUACAGCACUGUGAUUGAUGGCUAUGCCAAGGUACAAGAACUUGAUGUUAUCCUAAAAAUGGCUGAAGAAAUGCGAGUAAAAGGACAGAAGCCAAAUAAUUUCACUUUCAAUAGCAUUGUGGAUCUUCUUUGUAAGUCUGGUAAAGUAGUGGAUGCUGAGAAACUUUUGAGGGAGAUGAUACGCCAAGGUGUUACUCCUGACAAGGUAAUUUAUGCUACUCUUAUUGAUGGUUUUUGUAGAAGUAGGAAUGUUUCUGCAGCGUUUAGAUUGUUUGGUGAAAUGCAAGAGCAUGAACUAUUUGUGGAUUCUGUAGUGUACGCAUCUCUCAUUUGUGGUCUUUGUCAUAUUGGAGAGCUUGCAGAAGCCGAUAAAUUAUUCAAUGAAAUGCUUGGAAGAGGGUUGGAGGCGGAUGUCAUUACAUACACAGCAUUGAUUGAUGGAUAUUGCAAAGGAGGCAAAAUCAGAACUGCCUUCUCUUUACACAAUCAAAUGGUGCUGAGGGGAUUGGUACCCAAUGUUGUUACUUACACUGCACUGGCUGACGGGCUUUGUAAACAAGUGCAAGGAUUAAGGUUGAUGCGAGAUAUGGAGCUGGCUGGGAUAUGGCCAGAUAUUUAUACAUACACCACCUUGAUCGAUGCUCAUUGUAAAUCUGGAGAGAUGUCUAGGGCUCAUGAGCUUCUUCGUGAAAUGUUGCAUAAGGGGAUUCGACCAACAGUAGUUACAUUCAAUGUUUUAAUGACUGGAUUCUGCAGGUCUGGGAUGCUAGAGGAUGGUGAGAAGCUACUGGAGUGGAUGCUAGAGAAGGGUGUGAUGCCAAAUACCAGUACUUAUAAUUCUCUAAUGAAGCGCUAUUGCAUUCAAAAGAAUAUGGGUUCUGCGACUGAAAUAUACAGGAGCUUUAUAAGAAAGAAACGGUAUGCAGAGGCGAGGGAACUUUUUGGAAAAAUGAGGGAGGAAGGAUUGCAUGGGGAUCCAGCAAUAUAUGGCACCUUUUUAGAUAUGAAGUACAAAGAAGGAGACGUUAAUGCCACCCUCCAGCUUUGUGACGAGUCGAUUGAAAACUGUCUGGUUAGUAAGAGCAGUAGUGGUGUCACAUAA